AUGUCUCCUGCACCCAUGGAAACAGAGUCCCCUGCUCCAGAAAUCCAGAAUGGGACCUCUAUCCCGUCACUGGAGUAUCUUCAGAGCCUGCCCGACUGCUAUGGGUGGCCCAGGGCAAACAAGCGGGGCUACCGGAUCGAUGAAACACCGUCGGGCACUUACAGACCCCUAAAGGUCAUCGUCAUGGGCGCGGGCGCCUCCGGCAUUUCCUUUGCGAAGUUUUCGCGCGAGGAACUGCAGAACGUGGAGAUUAUCAUCUACGAAAAGAAUCGUGAUGUGGGCGGCACCUGGCUUGAGAACAGAUACCCGGGCUGUGCUUGUGAUGUCCCCAGCGUCACCUACCAAUUUACUUGGGAGCCAGAUGUCUGGAGCAAAUUCUACUCCGAGUCGCCCGAGAUCCACGCGUAUAUGAAGCGCGUGGUGGAUAAAUACAACCUCUGGGAUUUCAUCAAGCUAAAUCACACAGUGACAGACGCCCGAUGGGAACAGGACAGCGGCAAAUGGUCCCUCACGGUCGAGGAUGCAGGCCGAGGGCGCACCUUUACGGAGACGUGUGAUAUCUUUAUCAAUGCUGGAGGGCCGUUGAACUACUGGGAAUGGCCAAGAAUCAAAGGUAUCAAGGAUUUCAAGGGUGUCAUUGCCCACACCGCCAACUACCCAGAGGACCUCGAUCUGAAGGGCAAACGAGUAGCUGUGUGCGGCAUCGGUUCCAGCGGGAUUCAAGUCACAGCCAGGAUUCAGAAAGAUGUGGACCAUCUCUAUACCUGGAUACGAUCGCCAACAUGGGUCCUGGGUGCCUUUGCGAACGAAUUCGUCCCGCCGGGAAAUCCAAACCCGGAAUAUACCAACGAAGAAAUCAACCUGAUGAAGAAUGAUCCCGUCACGUACCUGAAAUACAGGAAGAACAUUGAAGGGAGCAUCAGCGCAGGCUUUGGCGUAUACUACAAGAAUACGCCCGAGUCUCUGGCGGCACGAAAGAUUGCGACGGAAGAUAUGUGCAAGAAGCUGGAGUCGCGACCAGACAUCGCAAAUGCCCUGAUCCCAAAGGACUUCCCCGUGGGUUGUAAGAGACCGACUCCAGGUGUUGGUUUUCUCGAAGCCUUGACGAUGCCCAAUGUGACAGCCUAUCCAGGAGGUGACCUCCAGCAAAUCACCGCAAGGGGCUUCAUCGACCCCAACGGACAGGAGCAAGAGGUCGACUUGAUCAUCCUAGCCACCGGCUUCAAUACUACAUGGGUUCCUCGAUUCCCUAUCGUGGCAAAAGGUAGGAAUCUGCAGGAUAUGUAUCGCGAGAACCCGCUUUCGUAUCUCGGCGUGGCCGCGCCUGAGAUACCCAACUACUUUACCUAUUAUGGACCAUACGGGCCUCUGGGCCAAGCGAGCGCGGUAGUCAUGAUCGAAUUUUUCACGCGGUAUUUCAACGAAUUCAUCCGCAAAAUGCAGGUUGAGAACAUCAAAAGCUUUGCCCCGCGCAUAGACGUGGCGCUCGAGUUCCAAGAGCAUGCCGACCUGUACCUCAAACGCACCGUGUGGGACUCGGAGUGCCGCAGUUGGUGGAAAGGAGGCAAGAUCGACGGCAGGAUCAUGCUAUAUCCCGGGUCACGGACACAGUACAUGGAACUCAUUGAGCACCCGCGCUACGAGGACUACCACAUCGAAUACAAGGCGAUGAACAGGUGGGCGUUCCUGGGGAAUGGGUUUUCCACGAGAGACUACGAUGGCAGAGACAUCACCUGGUUCUGGGGGCUGGUGGAUGGGAAAGAUCGACAGGAGAAAUAUGAAUUGCAGUGGAAGGAUGUCGCACAGCCAGAUCACCAGGUUCAGAACGGGGGAAAGAAUGAACCAAGCUCGGAAAAGGUGGUAGAAGUGGCAGAGACUAUCAUCUUUCCAAAUGCUCUAUAG